GUGAAGGAGCUCAGCUGAAGACUGAUCGUUUCGGCAUGCUUCCUAUCCAUGAUGCCGUGGUGAACCAGCACAACGACAUCAAGGAAGUGCUCAGUCAGCUCGACCUCAAGUGUGACGGUGGUGUGUGUUAUCUCUCCCCUGAGAAUGAGGAAGCUUUGAAGGAGCAGGUGAAGAACACUAACAUCUCUCUGACCCCUGAGGAUUUGGAAACUAAGAUGACUCAGGUCUUCUCUAUCAUCAUCAAGGAAGGUGUACUCGCUGCCGGCUCUCUUUGGCAAGAGAUUGUUUACUACUUUGCUGAGCUCGGCCUUCACCCCAGCUACUUCAAGCACUUCACCAGUGCUCAGAUUGCCAGACACCUUCAUUGCCUUAUCGCUGCUAAGAAGGUUGCUCAGGCUACUGAGUCUGACUAUAUCCAUUUCGAGAUUGAGGAUGCGGAUUCGGCUUUCUAUCUCACCACUAUGGAGCCUGAGAAGGUCGCCAUCACUGAUGCCAAGGUUGCCGAGUACAUCAACACUGCUCAGGAUUGUGGCUUCUCGGUCACCUUCCUCAAGUCUGAGAAGCCUCCCAUGCCUGAAGGAAAGUUCCCUCUUGGCGUCUUUGUUGUUGAUAAACAACAGUUUGACUCCAGUGUCAAGUUCGAGGACAUGAUGGAUGAGACCGAUCUCCAGCUUGUGGCUACCCCUCGAUUCCUUCAGGAGAGAUCCGUUGAAGUACAGAAGCUUUACCAGACUCUCAUUGACGAGACCAUGGCUACUCGAAACACUGUUGUUAAGGUGUUCGAUGCUCCUACUAACUUGGCUCAGAAGUCCGGCGCCCAAGUGUUGCAGCUUGCUGCCUUCGAUGUGGAUCGUAAGGGAAGUGCUUACAUCUCUGAGAUCAACGAAUGCUUCCGUUCCCAUAAUGUCGAGCCUAAGAGGUUCUAU